CUUGUGGGAAGGGCCGAGGAGGUCCCGGGCGCUGACCCUAGAAAAGCGCUGCACCACCGCGCUCCUGCGAUCUGCGCGCUCCCGCUCCACCAGCAGGAGGAGAGGCGGGGCGCGAAGGGUCGGACGCGCGGGAGACGCUCGCGAGGCGCGGAGGGGCGGUGCGGAGCUGCGCGGGGAGGGAGACCAUGCCUCGGCUGCCCGGCCGCGCGGGGCUCCUCCUCGGCCUGGUGCUGCUGGUGGCGCUGCUGGCCGCGAGCCGGGCGCUCCCCCAGAGGAGGCCGCGGUCCCGGAGCCCCUCGAGGCUGGAGGAGGUGACCACUGAGGUGGUGGAGGAGCCCCAGGCCCAGGUGGAGAUGGACCUCCUGGCCGAGCCCGGCCAUCACUGGCCCCAGGGGGCCUCGAGCUGGCUCCCUGUCAAGGAGCUCUUCUGGCCCCUGUUCUGGGGCAUCCUGGAGGGCAAGGAGGGGAAGACCGAUCUCAAGGGCAGAGGCCCAGGGGAUGAAGACAAAGAGGAGGAGGAGGAGAAGGAGGAAGAGGAGGAGGAGGAUUACCUUGCAGAGUUCGGCGAGAGUGAGGACCAGGAGGCCAGUGAUUACGAAGAGUAUGACAAAGAGUAUGACGAGGAGGAGUCUGGGUUCAGUGGGGCCACAGGCAGCCAGGAGCAGGGCUGGCUGGCCCCUGGGGACUGGGCCUUCAAGGAGCCGGACGGCUAUGAGGUGGACAGCUGCGAGAGGUGGCUGAACUGCAAGAGCGACUUCCUGGCCCAGUACAUGCGUCAGGUGCUGCAGGAUCUGCCCAGCUGCCCCUGCUCGUACCCGCUGGAGGCCGCGUCGAGCACCGUGAGCCUGCAGGACGAGCGCCAAGGCCGCAGCUUCCGCUGGAAGGACGCGAGCGGCCCGCGGGAGCGCCUGGACGUGUACCAGCCCACGGCGCGCUUCUGCCUCCGCUCCAUGCUGUCGGACGAAAGCAGCACCCUGGCUGCGCAACACUGCUGCUACGACGCGGACAACCGGCUGCUGACCCGGGGCAAGGGCGCCGGCGCCCCCGACCUCAUCAGCACGGACUUCUCGCCCGAGCUGCACUUCAAGCUCGACAGGGAGCCCUGGAUCGUCUGCAAGGGCGACUGGAGCCGCUACCACACGGUGCGGCCCCCCAACAACGGCCGGGCCUGUGCGGACAACCCGCCCGAGGAAGAGUACUUGGCCCAGUUGCAGGAGGCCAAGGAGUACUGACGGGGGGGUGGGGGGGCUGUGCCCGAGAACCCGCCUCUGCAGACCCCGGCCCUCUGCCUGCACCCCUGGGUAGGCGCCGGAGAACCCCAGGCAGGUCGGCACCCCUGGGGUCUAUGGGGGGUUGGGCACAAGGCUGAGGGAUGUAUAGGGGCCAGGGCAAGGGAUGGAGCUCACUCCCCGACUUCGAAGGGUGUACCUGAGGAAGCAGGAGUCUGGCGGGCGGGGGUGGGGUGGGGGUGGGGGUGGGGUGGCGUUUGCCCUCCCCUGCCUGCUGGGAGGCCUGUCCCAGCCUGGCCAUGCACUUUGUCUCCUCUCCCCCUGAGCUGGGCUCUGUGCACAGGUAAGGGCCGGGCUCCCCAGCACACAAUGAUUCCCCGGCCGGGUGGCAGAAAGUCCAGGUCCUGAGGUGCUACUCAGGCUGGCAGCCAGCCUCGUCAGUGGACUCCUCCUUACUCUGGGUGGCUGCACAAGGCCCUCUUGCCCCAGCCCUGCUGGGAGCCACCACAGACCAGGAGCGUGCCCCUUGCAGGAUAAUCUAGGCUCCAAGCUUCCCUUUGGGGGACACCUGCGGUGGAGGGCUGAAGUCAAUCUGCGGGGCCCAGUGUGGACAGAAAGGUUGAGGCGGCCAAGGCAAGGGAUGGCUCCAGGCGGGGAACAGGUCAAACUAUUCAGGGCCCUCUCUUUGUAUAGCAUGUCUGUCCUGUCCAGGUUGUAGGUAGGCACGUGCAGGCCUGGGAGAUGGUGCAGCUUGGGCUAGGCUCAGGACGGGUUCAAGAGGAUGUGCCCCACGGUGAACUGGGAAACCAGUUCUCUGGACUGGGUUGGCGGCAGGGAAGCCCAGGUCUGGGCCAGUUCUGUGGUGGAAACGACCCCACCACGGCCCACUUCAUGCUCCAAGCUGAUGUUAUCGAGGCACCGAGCUCAGGGCUGGGAAGAGAGGUGCCUGACUGGCAAUCCUAGCUCUCCUUGUGCUUCUCCUGCCCCUCACCCCCGCCCCUGAACCGUACUUCCGGUCUGUGGAGUUGAAGUGAUGAAGUCCCAAUUGUCCCGUUCACAGAAGCUCCAAAAGCUGGGGACCUCGGUCCCCAGACAGCUGCCCUGAAGCUCUUCGUGAUCCUCUGCAAUAAAGCACUUUAUUUUCAA